CUAUGCACGUACUGCUUUGAUGGAUAGGAAACGAACGCACCUAAACAUUCCGGAAGUUGAAUUGUUCAUUCCAACUUUCGUUUUCAAGUACGAAAAGGGUGCUGCAGACUGCAGGCAGACAUAAAGAUGCUUCUUUCCUUGUAAACACUCUAACAUUUAACGAGUAAAAGUGAAGAUAGAAUGCAACUUGGUUCGAAAACCUUAUGUAACUUGUUUCAUUUCGGGAAGUGCACAUUGUCUCGAAAUCCCAGCAACAUUUUCCUGAUACCCACUUCAUCUCUUCAGCAAGUUUCGUUCACUAGUAUGGAUAGGUACGUAACGAGGAAAGUAUUAGCAGAAGAUAAAAAGAACGACGAGGCAGCGAAAGCCACUUGCAGCCCAGAAAGAACCUCGCCUCAACAGAAAAGGUUGUCAUCACACGAGUCGAAAUGGAACAACAAAUUUCAAAUCGAAAAAGAGAAAUAUUUGAAUAUGUCUAUAGCAGACAAAAGAAAAGUAUACAAAUGCAAGAAGUUCUUUGAACUGUCGGACAUUCCUACAUGGGAAGAAUUUUUCUUAGCAAAUGAGGAAAGGCUACGAAGGAAAUUGAGGAGCAGGAAACUGACAAGGAAGGCUGAAGUAAAUGAAACUUUCAACAAGAAGCUAACGUUGUGGCGUGGAGACAUCACUGCGUUAGAGAUUGACAGCAUCGCCAAUGCUGCCAAUAACUCACUGUUAGGUGGAGGUGGUGUUGAUGGGGCUAUCCACAGUGCUGCAGGAAGUUGUUUGGUAACAGAAUGUAGAACAUUGGGAGGCUGUGACACAGGAGAUGCCAAAAUCACUGGAGGUUUUAAACUUCCAUCAAAGUAUGUCAUCCACACUGUUGGCCCAAUCGGAGAGAACCCAGAGGCACUUAGGAGUUGUUAUACUACAUGUCUGGAUCUUAUGGUGGACAACAAAUUGAGAUCAAUUGCCUUUCCUUGUAUUUCUACUGGAAUUUAUGGGUAUCCCUCCAAUAAAGCAGCUGAUGUUGUUUUAUCUACCAUGAGAGAGUGGUUGGAAGACUCGGACAAUGGAGAUAAGGUGGACAGGAUCAUCUUCUGUUUGUUUAUGCCCCAAGAUGUCGUUCUUUAUGAGGAACUUAUGCAGUUAUAUUUCCCAGUUCCUUCAAGCUUAGAGAAGAAAGGAAAUGGUGAUGGUUCAGUAUCAGAUCAAGAGGAAAAACAUUCAAAGAAAUCACCAGAAAAGAAAGAGAAUGCUACCAUACCUAGUCAUGUGACUAGAAAAGUAUUAAAAGAUGCAGAAAGAAAUUCUACACAAGAUGGAAAAGAAACUGAAGAGAAAGUUUCAGAAGGAAAUGCAGGAGGAGCUCAACCCAAAACUCCUUCAGCUACAGCUGGGACAGAUGUAGAGCCAGCAGCCAAGAGGAAGCCUCCUCUCAGCUCUGAGGAAGUAUUGAAAGAUAUGAAGUCAAAAAAGAUAGAAGAAGAUAAUGCUGAAAAUGAUUCCCCUUGUUCUCACAAUAAAGAGAGCCAACCUUCCCCAAUGGAAUGUACAAAUGAUCCUAAUAUGAAAACAAAAUUAUAGACUGUCAUCAGGAUUAGUUUUCCUCUCUUCUAAAGUGGUAUAUUAAUUGAGAAUAUAGAUAGAAACUGUUGUUGGUUGUCAAGUCAAACACACUGAAUUAUAAAGGAUAUGAAACUCAAUAUUGUAUACACACUGUAUUUUCAUACAAUUAAGCUGCCAUGUGUGUAGAAAUGUUAUAAUUUGUGGUUAGAUAAUAAGGAAAUAAUUAACUUUUCAAAAUAUUAUGUUCCUUUAAUUUAUUUUGAGGACAUAAAGCGAACUAUUUCUUACAAUAUUUUUUCCUUUAUUACAUUAACAACAAUCUGUCAACAUUAAAAAUGAAGCAACUUACGUUCGUGAAUAUGUAGUCUGUGUGUGGUGCCCACUUGUGAUGUUUGGCUCAUUGUGCUAUGUGUAGCGGAUUGUAAUUGACAUGUCCAUGUAUUAAAACCUGUUCUAUCUAGAUGUCCUAAACUUGUGGAGAUGACCUAUAAACUAAGAAUAAAGUAAAUUUUGUGGGGUUUUAAUUCAAAUUAAUUGCAUUCUUGUAAAAGUAUGUACAUGUAAUCUAGUCAGCAGUUGAAUGGCUUUAAUACAAGGUUUAACAGCAACUUUACUUUCUCAGUAAUUUGUAUCAUUUUUCAUUUAAUAAUAUAUAUACAUAUACUCUAAUUAAUUUCUUAAUGUUUGAACAUUUGCUUUACUGGUGUAUAUUGAAUUAGAAUGAUUAACUGUUUUGUACAGAAAAGAUUUUGUACACAUGAGAAAGAUUUGUAUUUGCAAUUUGAACUAAAGUGGUGAAAAAUUGGUAUAUUGUUAUUAUUAGGACAUGCAGUUAUAUAUUGAAAAAUAGUACGAUUACAAUGUAUAAGCCUAGUUAAAGGAUUGCAGAUUUGGAUUAUAUCCAGGUGGUGUGAUGGAGAUAUGGAAAUGUACAAGUAGUUUGAAAUGAACUUGAAGACUUUAGAGGAUUACUGCUGCAUAGAAUAUUAGAGACGUGUAUGUGAAUGACAUAUUCUCUCCUUCAUCCUCUCUCAAUGGUACACAGUACAAUGGUACACAGUACAAUGGUACACAGUACAAUGGUACUCAGUAGACUGUACAUUCAUCCUUGGAAAAAUGUCCAGCAGUAUGAUUUAAAAGAUUAAAGAUAAUAAUUGCUUCCAGAUCAAUAAUGCUUAAACUCAUACAAUUUCAAUUAUAAAAUCAAAGCAGUAAACACACCUAUUCCUUGUAUUCAUAUUUUAAGUUUUGCCAAUUUCGAAAUAUCGUUUUGUUGAAGCAGGCAUAUGUUCCUUUUGUUACAAUGUUAAUAAGCAUUUGGCUGGUGAAGUUUAUAAAUGUGUAACAUUUUUUUCUAAUUGUUCCCUUGUGAUGAGGUAAUUGUAAUUCUAUCUGUUAUUUACUUUUAAAGAUUACGAAUAAAGUAUUACUUUUCUAA